AUGCAAGGAAUUUUUAGUCUUUAUAUCAACAGGAAGUUUCUCCCAGAUUCCGGGACCGCACACUUGGAAACUGUUCUCCAACAGAAAAUUCAGCCAGAGAACAUAGUGAGAGCCAUGCUUUCAUCAAAAAUUGCUUGGGAUGCAGAUCAGCGAGGGAAACAUGGGGCCUGCCAGAUGUCGAGGAGGUUUUUAGUCGAGUUGGAAGUUGGUACAUCUGAGUCUGAGAGUCUUGUGAACAUUAACAAUGAAUUGAAGCUGAAGGGCAAUGAGAAAAAUGUUUCGUCCUUAGCUAUCCCAAAAGAUAAUUUUGAUGCAACAUGUUCAAAAACAAAAAAAGACAUAGCUAAUUACGUCGACGUAAAAUUAAACAACCAUGAAAAAAUUGAGGCAAGAGACUUGCUUUGA